AUGUCAAAUUUGUUCCAUCAACCAUGGACAAUUUCGGAGCAAAUCGUUUUGUUGACCAACAUUAUUCAGAGUACGGGGCAGGAUGUGCCGGCAUUUCUGGUGCGCGCCAUGGAGAACGGCAAUAUACAACCCAGAUGGGACGAGGUUGCUCUGCCAGCAGGCCGCACUCCUAGUGCCUGUCGGCAUAUGUACAACUUUUUGCGUAGUCAAUCCCGCUCCUUCCCAGGGCCGGGGCACCCAGGCUUUCCUCAGCAGCCACUUGCGCCGUAUCCUCCGGAAAUGAGAGCAGUGUCUGAGUCUGAUUUACCCCAGCCAACGCAGCGUCCGAUUCAGCCUCGUCCUCCCCGUUCGACAGACUCGCCCAUCCCUCCUACGACCAAUGGAGAGGGCUUCCGGAUCUUGCGUCCUUUCACUCAUCCUGAGCCGCCCGGGGAAAAGCGCAAGAAACGAGGCCGUCCGACGAAAGAAGAGGCAGAAGAACGCGACCGGAAGCUUGCAGAGGCCGGGCAGACUUACGAGCCGAAGAGGAGGCCGGCAAAGAAAUCGAGGCCGUCUGGAACCCCUAGCUCGCUUGCUGAAGCUCCUGCUACCACAUCACCCGUCAUGCAGACGCCACUCUUGCAGUAUGUUGGGCCAAAGGAGGAGACGUCUAGCGGGAAGAGACGGUCCAGGCGCCAGCGUGAGGAGGGAGAAUCAUCUCGCCAGGCACUUUCUAGGUCUCCGGCGGACGAUUCAGGUGAUGGACGGAGUACAGACGCCGCUCAGAGUCCGUCCGACAGGCUUCUUGCGAGGCCAGAACGAGCUCAACAAGCUGCUUCUGUCGCUCGAGAUGUACAGCAGGUAUCGAGCCCAGGUCUCGAGGCGCAACGAGAAGCCAAGCAGGACAAUCCACCAUUCGGUCCUUCAUCCGCCUAA